AUGCGCCCCUCAACCCCCCUCUCCGCGGCCCUCCCGCCAUUGAUCAUGGGCACCGCAACCUUCAACAACCAAUACAACGCAGACCCCUACGCCCUUCCAACAACCGAACUUGUGCAGCGCGCAUUAUCGCGAGGUGUCCGCGCCUUCGACACAUCGCCCUACUACGGCCCCGCCGAGGAAUUGCUCGGCCGCGCCCUCGCGACUCAAUCCGUACAAUCCACCUUCCCCCGCGAAACCUACCACCUCCUCACAAAAGUCGGCCGCAUCGCAGGCUCUUCCUUCGACUACUCGCCCUCAUGGAUCAGACACAGCGUGCGCCGCAGUCUACAACGCCUGCACACCUCAUACCUGGAUGUGGUAUACUGCCACGACGUGGAAUUCGUCACCCCCGCCGAAGUCGUCACAGCCGUACAGGAAUUGCGCAGGCUCAGGGAUCAAGGCCUUAUUCGAUACGUCGGUAUUUCAGGCUACCCAGUCGAUACGCUAAGUGAGCUUGCGGAGACAGUUCUCCGGGAAACGGGUGAACCGCUGGAUAUUGUGAUGUCGUAUGCGAACUUCACGCUGCAGAAUACAAGAUUGCAUUCUCGGGCUCUGCCCAGACUGAUCGCUGCCGGGGUCGAUGUUGUCCCUAACGCUUCCCCAUUAGGAAUGGGGUUACUACGUCGAGAUGGCGUGCCAAUUGGCUCAAUGGGUGACUUCCACCCUGCACCUGAUGCACUGCGCAAGGCCGUGAUGCGCGCGGCGGGGCUUGCUACGUCGCACAACGAGAAGCUUGAGGUAGUUGCUAUUCGAUUCGCGCUUGAGUCUUGGCUCCGCGUUGGUGCGCGUGCUGGAGGACUCGGUGCACCGCUUGCCAAGGCAGUGGAUGCGGAUCCGGGAUUCUUGUCUGUUGCCAAUCUCGGAACUGGGAAGAGGCUUGGAGUCAGUGUUAUGGGGGUGAGCAAUCUUGCAGAACUAGACGAGACUCUGCGUGUGUGGCAUAGUAUCGUUGAUGGACUCGAGAAUUGGAGUGAGGAUGACGAUGACUAUUUCAACACCAAGUUGUCCACACCGUCGACUCCUGCUUUGGGUGCGGUGCCCACGGCCGAGAAUACGAGUAUUCUUACGCCGGAGGGAGGGAUUACGGAUCGUGCCUGGUCCCGCGCGCGUGGGGCUCAUAUUCUUGAGCUCGCCAGGGAGAUUCGCGAUGUCAUUGGCGCCGAAUGGAUUGAUUAUGUUUGGGAUAGUCCAUCGCCUGAUUUUAUCAACACUUUGCCCGAGGAGCAUGUUGCUCUGAUGCACAAGAUCAAGGCGGAUGAAAGCCAAGGGAAAUUGGAUCUUCCUGCGCUCACUCAAGACGACCCCAUGCUUACACCACCGUCAGACGUGGAGAGGCAGCUUGCAUAG